AUGACAAAAGUUGUAGAAAAAAAUAAAAUAGAUAAAAAAGUAGAAAAAACUACACCAGUUUCAACUAUUGCAAAAAAGACAUUAGAAAUUAAACCAACUAAACCAAUUAAAUCUAAAGAUACAACAACAACUGCAACAAAUAAACCAUUAAAUAAAGAAAAAGAACCAAGUUUAAAAGUAAUAAAUUUAGAAGAUUUAUUAAAUAAUAAAAAUAAAGAAAAUAAACAAGAUAAUAAAACAACAAUAAAUAGUAAUCUUAAAGGCGAUAAACUUGUACAAGAAAUUUUAUCAUUUUUUAAACUUGAAACCAAUACAGUAAAUUUAAAUGAAUCAAUCGAAAAAUUAGAAAAUGAAAUUAAAGAAAAAAAUAUUGCAAUUAUAGAUAAAGUUUCAAAUAAUUAUUUAAUGAUUAUGGAAUUAGUUGAAAAGUUAAUAGAAUCAAACGAAGUAACAGGAUUAGUUGUAUUGUUAAUGAUUAGUCGUUCAGUUUCAUCAUUUAAUUUCCCAAAUUUAAUCGAAUCACUUAUAAUUAAAAAAGAUAAUUUCAAGAUUGUUUCAAUGGUAUCAAAAUGUUUUACCGAUAUCAGCAGCGACAACAUUAAGGACUUGGUUCAAUACAUUAUUUCAAAUAAACAAUUCAAAUCAAUUAAAGACCAAUUAGAGCAAUUACAAAAUUUAUCAUCAUCAUCAACCAACGAUAUUACAGCAUGCAAAGAGUUGGACUCUAUUUUAACCAUACCAGUUACCCACGAUUCAAUGGUAGUUUCAAUUCGUUCAUUAUCACUCAGUACAGUAUUAUUACUUCUUAAAUAUUUAUAUUCAAGAAUUUCAUUGUUCUCUUUAGAUGACACCCAAGAAAACAACAAUACAUUCACCUUAAAACAAAUUGUAGAUUGGAUUUCAUUAAUUUUUGAUUCACACUUCCAAGAACUUUCAAAAGUCGAAAAUAUAAAUCAAUAUUUUGGUCCAAUUCGUUCAUUACACAAUAACACUAAAUCUUUCUUUUACACCAAAUCCUUCAUUGACUUUUUAGAAAAAUCUUCCUCUACCAAAUCUAUUGAAAAUAAUAACUAUUCAAUUUAUCAUUAUAAAUUUUAA